CUAAGCCUAAACCAGAAAUGUAUGACAAAGGGUGGUGAAAGGAGAGAAGGUCUGAGAUAGAAGUGUUUUUUCAUGGUAGUACCAGAGUGAAUCCUUGCCCUAUUCCCAUAUGCCCUCGAUGACACACCUUGAGGGACAGAAAUUAUUGGAUUGAUGGAGGUAAUAUGUGGUAGCAGAACACACAUCUGGCUAUCACCUGUCUCCAAGGACAAAUUGUCAAGGGCAGAAGAAGGGGAGCAAUUACACAAGGAGAUGUUGCUCCGGGUACUCCUAUAGGCAUAAUUCCUUCAUCUCCUUUCUUUUUUAAUGGUAGAUGAAGGGACUGUACAGGUGUUCUCCAUAAGUACUUUAAUACAGACAUUUUAGAAAAGGGGUCAUGAAUGGACAAGGAAAGGAAUAUAACGUGUGUGUGUGUGCGAGCGCACGCACGCGUGUGCAGUGGGACAGGACACAUUUCGGUAUCGAAAUGGCGUGAACAGUGUUUCCCAUGAUAGGGGGCUGCAGUGGGAACCAAUUGCUGUGGAAAGGUUCACCAACGGAACGUAAAUAAAGUAACACUCAGUGGAACCGCUACAUUUAACCAGGCUCAAAAGUGGUUGUCUUACUAUCAGUGUUUUAGGGUGUGUGGCCAUGACUAAGUUGGAGCCCUGGAUAGAGCAGGUCAUCCUGAGUUAUGGCACAGAGCCAGAGGAGGAGGACAACAACACUCUGAAAGCGCAUGUUGUGGGGGUUGGCCUGAUGUCAGAGUCCCAGUCCCGGAAGACUAAGGGUUUGACAACGUUGCUGUUCCUCUCUGAUGGAGUGGUGCACAUCCCCGCCAUACUGAACCAGGACUCCUGGGAGACUCUUCAGGAGCAGGAGGACCGUGAGUACUUCUCCAGUCUCAUGAAUUGCACAGUGUGUGUGUUUUCAUACACACUGAAGUUCAACAUGGACUCUGAACAGACAAAGAGCCAGUUUUACUUAUCGGUUGGUGAGCUGACCACCACAUCAGCUGGGGAUGCUAAAGACAACACCCCUUGCUGCACAACGCUCAACUCAGUCAGACAAAGGAUCUGUACAAUAUGGAGAUCCCUGCUUGCUCAGGAUUCUGUCCAUACUCAGAACACCCAGUCUGAGUUCAGUCUGUCAGAGCUGCUGGGGGAGUGGCAUCAUGACCGGCGCCAGUCUCUGUUGAAGGAUGUGAUAGAACUCCUGAGGACGCCCACAAACCUCCCCUCCCCACAGGCCUCAACCUCCAACGCCCUCACACACACUGGCACCAGAUGGGCUAUUGAAAGGUUCAGAUAUAAGAGGGAGGAUACUUUCAAUGUCCCUGUGUCUCACCUACACAUCCCAGACAAUCUGAGUCAGAAACUGCACGCACCCUCAGACAGUGAAACGCAGAGUGGACUGGUCCCUCCAUCUGAAGACAAACCGACAGACCCACCAGAGACAGAUCAACCAAUCGUUGCUGCUGACAGCAGGCAGACUGACAAGCCAGUGCCUCUGGAGAGAAGACAUCCUGCCCAUGAGCCCACACUUUCUCGUGACUUAUGUUUGUUAACUGAGGAGAGUAUGGAAUGUGAGGUGGUGUCAGGGAUGACCGGAGGAGCAGUGGCGAGCCCAUGGGACAUGUUUGCUCCAGCAGCAGAGCUGCUCAGGACCUCCUCUGCAUCUGAUGAAUCCAUCACCUCAGAGCCCCUCCCCCUCCAGAAGAGCCAGUCUCUGCUUGACUCCACUCCACAACCAGUCACUCUUGCAACAUUUCCCCUGGCAACCAGCACCCAGGUGCCAUCCCUGACCCCUGGGGCCACCCAAAGGUCAGGCGAGCGCUCCCUUCCUCCUUAUCAAAAACCAGGCCCCUCCCACAGCCUACUCCCCUCCAGUGGCUCCUCCUCCACUGUGAGUCUAUCUACAAAGAACCAACACUCUGGCAUGAAGCUCCACCACGGUAGCUCAAACACAGCACAUCAACUUACAAUCACAGAGCAGCAGGAUCAGGUGGAGGAAGAGGAGGAUGUUGUGAAGAGGUGGUGUAGUAAGGCUAAGAGGAAGAGUUCCGUGCAGACCCCCGAGGAUAAUGAUAUCACCUUGGAGGAGGAAGAUAUGCAGAAGAAACGCAGCCCGCCCUCCUGGAUGUUUGAAACUCAGGAUAUUCCCAGGAUUGAGGAGGGAAGCAGCUGCAAUCAGAACGCAGUUGCAGCAAUAGCCCCCCAGAGGCCCUCCAAUGUUCACAGUGAUGGCACUUUGUUCUCAUAUUCUUAUCAGCUGUGUGGCCGCAUUUCGAAGGAUUUAAGCCAUUUAAAGAUUCCUGAUGGCAUGUUGCACUGGGCUGUACGGUACCUGGUCCCUUCCAUGCAGACGGAGGUUGUCAAGGAUACACAGCUGCGACCCCAGACUCACCCCAGUUGACAACCUGAGGUCAUCACCCCCAUCUUCCCAUUGUGUUGAAUCCAUAGUGUACAGAGGCAGCUUUGUAUUUUAUGAAUCUCUAUUGUUAUGUUUAUGUAACAUUCUGAAUAUUGAUACAUAUACAUUAGUAAUUGAAUUGUCAACUUUAUUGUGAAGCAGGCAAAUGUGAAUUUAUCAACAGCAAGAUAAUUUCAUUGUCAGUUACACAGAUGUUCUUUCCUUAAUUUGACAUUUGAAUAACACACAUGCACUUAUUUCCUUAUGCAAACAUUCACUGGGUGCUAUAAUAAAAUACAAAUCAUAUCA